GACAGCGAUCUGAUGUGGUCUAUCGUGGGUUUGUUAUACAAAUCUUUGACCUAACGUAACCGAACACUGUCAACUUUCGUCAAGCUGGGCUUGUAUUGCGCUGAAAUCGUCGACAACGGUAUGCGUAAUGUCUGUGGCCGAGACGGCAGUGACUGUGCAGACUUAUUGGAGAAAAUAGAUAUGGUUUUGAAAACGUUAUCCAACAAGAACAAGACUUGUCAACAACUGACGUCAGCUAGCGAGCUAACGUUAUAGCUGCAGUGCAAUCUCUUGGACCGGAUUGCCCUAACGUUACCCCUGCACAGUUUUUAAUUGAAAGAAAGGACUCUUGAGGUCAAAAGAUGUUUUUGGUGGGGUUGACGGGAGGAAUCGCCUCAGGGAAGAGCACUGUGUCCUCUCUGCUGCGAGAGCUUGGCUGCCCCAUUAUCGAUGCCGAUGUGGUGGCUAGAAAAGUGGUGGAGCCCCACAGUCCGGCCUACUGCCGGAUCGUGAAGCACUUUGGCCCCGAGAUCCUGCUGGAAAAUGGAGAGAUCGACCGGCAGAAGCUGGGUCAGCUCAUCUUCGCCAGCGAGGACAAGCGGCGCCUGCUUAACUCCAUCACCCACCCAGAGAUCCACAAGGCCAUGCUCAAACAGAUCUUCUUUUUCUUCCUCCGAGGUUAUCGCUACGUGGUGCUAGAUGUGCCCCUGCUCUUCGAGACGAGGCGUCUCACCCGCUUCCUUAACCACACUGUGGUGGUGUACUGUGACCCGGCCACCCAGCUGUCGCGCCUCAUGAACCGGGACGGGCUGACCCAGGAGCAGGCGGAGCAGCGUGUGGCCGCCCAGAUGCCCCUAAAUGAGAAGCGGGGAUUGGCCAGUCACGUGGUGGAAAACUCGGGCAGCCGCGAGGACACCCAGCGCCAGGUGCUGCGGCUGCACACCAAGCUCGAGGACUCUAUGGAGUUCUUGCUGGCCAGGGCCAUUGCCAUAGCGACCGCUGCCGGCCUGGGCGGACUACUUCUAUACGCCGCCAAAUUGCUGGCGUCUUAGCGAAUGGAGUGAGAGUUUGACGAGAGUCGCCCUCCUAUGGCAAUGCAGUGUUGAAUUGUGAUUGAGACUGCGGCACUUUGAACUUAAGCCAUAGCAUGUAACCGACCACUGGGCCCAGCACGUGUGGUGAGAGGUCCAAUAGUCGGUUAUGUGUUAUGGCGUGAGUUGAAAGUUCACAUGCAGUUUGUACUUAGAAAGUGGUCAAGUAACGUGAGAUGUUUUCUUGUGUAAAUUCCUUGUUGCUCUUUGAAUGCUACAGGAAACAGUGAACACCUAGGUUUCCUUGGUUUGCAUUUUAAAAGCCAAGAAGUUAUUUGGGAAAAUAUUUUUGGAGUCACUAGACUGCUUUUUUUAAAGCAAAUAUCUUUUCUGUAUGAGAUAUCUGGACAGAAUAGUUCAGCAUGGGCUGAGAAGCAAUACUGGUGAUGUAAGAAUGUUUUUAGCUCAUUGUGCCUAUUUGUUUUACAUGUUAAAGGGAUAGUUCACUGAAAUUGCAUAUUUACCUUUAGUGAGUGGUGUAUGGACCUGGAGAGUCAGCGACCGAAGAUUUAGAUUUCUUAAAAUGAAAUGUUAUUGUUUGCGUACACAGUUUAACAAGUGCUAUAUAGUGGGUGCAGCGAUAUGCUUAUGUUCCUAUCGAUCGGUGGCAGUAAAUUUCAACAAGCACACAAUAAUCGCAAAUUUAUUUUUAAAAAUGUUUUAUGUAGUACAGCAAUGGAUGUAUAAAUAGUAUGUAAAUAUUAUUAAAGUGACCAGUGGUCAUUGACUAUGUAGUAGUCCCUAAGGUGCAGGCUAGAGUACCCGGUGGUGGCCAGCUAGUGAUAGUGACUGAGGGGCAGAGUAGGGUAGUGGGCAGACAGCACAGUACUGGGUGGAGGCCAUCUAGUGGUGGCUAUUUAACACUGAUGGCCUGGGGAUAUAAGCUGUUUAUCAGUCUCUCGGUCCCAGCUUUGAUGUACUGUCUCUGUCUUCUAGAUGGUAGCGGGGUGAACAGUCCGUGGCUCAGGUGGCUGAGGUCCUUGAUGAUGAUCUUGGCCUUCCUGUGACACCGGGUGCUGUAGAUAUCCUGGAGGGCAGGCAGUGUGCCCCCGAUGGUGCAUUGGGCGGACCGUACCACCCCUAGAGUGCCCUGCUGUUAUCGACGGUACAAUUGCCAUACCAGGCAGUUAUACUGCCUGACAGGAUGCUCUCAAGGGUGCAUCUGUAGAUGUUUGUGAGGGACUUAGGGGUUGAAGAGGUGUUGUUGCGCCUUCUUCACCACAUUGUUGGUGUGAAGGGAUCAUUUCAGGUCUCUGUCAAUUUGGAUGAGGGUGUGCUCUCUCUGCUGUCUCCUGUAGUUCACGAUCAGCUCCUGUCCACGAUCAGCUUUUGUUGACAUUGAGGAAGAGGUAUGGUCAGAUUUCCGAAGGGAGGUUAGGGCCUUGUAGCCAUCCCAGAAGGGAGAGUAGCAAUGAACAAGAAUUCUCGCACCACGAGUAGCAAAGAUGUUGAUAGCAUUUUGGUAGUGUUUUCCUCAGAUUUCCUUUGUUAAAGUCCCCAGCCUCAAUAAAUGUUCCUUCAGGAUAUGCGGUUUCUUGAGUGCCGUCGCAGUGUCUGCUUGUGAGGAAAUGUACAUGGCAGUGACUAUUACCGAAGACAACUGUCUUGGGAGGUAAUGUGGUCGGCAUUUGAAGGAGGUAUUCCAGAUCGGGAGAACCAAAGGACUUGAGUUCCUGUACGUUACCCAAUAACACCAUGAGUUGUUUGUCAUGAAACAUGCUCCUUACCUUUGUGUUUCCCGGAUAGUUGUUUGUUCCUGACCACACAAUGAACGUAGGACCACGCUGGUUCUAUGGACGGGGACAAUGUGUCCAGAGAGAGCCACGAUUCUGUAAAGCAGAAUAUGUCUCUGUCUGGACGAUCCUUGCACUGAGCUCAUAUAUUUUAUUGUCCAGGGAUUGACGGUUACAGAGUAAUAUACUCUGAAGCAGUAGGUGGUAUGCCUGUUUCCUGAGUCUGACUAAGUCCCCACUUCUCCUUCGGCAGUUGUUUUGGAGUGUCACCCGGGAUGAAUGGAGUUGCCUCGGGCAGUUUAAACAAAGGGUCCAGGAAGUUCAAUUUAUGGUGAGUGACCACCAAUCUAAUAUCCAAAAGUGAUUUUCGCCUGUAGGUAAUAGAGAAAAUAAUGUAAGAAAUAAUUUUUAAAAACUAAAAUACUGCAAAGUUGUCUAGGAGCUAGAAGCAGGGCGACUAUGUUUGUUGGCACGAUCUUUAAAGUUGUUUACUUAGUGUUAACGGCGUUGGAUACUGUUAGAUUCUUCGUUAAACUUGGAACAUUGUUAUACUCAAAAGUAUAGUAUCUAAGCAGUGAAAGAGACUGGUUUUUACAUCAGAAGUUAAUGGUUAUCUGUAGGAGCCAGAUGGCUUUGGAAUGUAUUGGAUGGACGGGAAGAAGUCACAGGAGUGCUAUAGGGGAUACGGAUGGACAUCUGUGGAUUAGGCAAAAUAAAUUAUGGUUUAUUACCCUAUUACUUAGUCUUCCUGUUGAACCAUAAAAUAUGUAAGGAUUUGAGAGAAGGAGUGCCUAAAUUGGAGUUUAUAUACUUGUGGUGGUGGAAACAUGUUUUGUCUGAAUGCAGCUGUAUUGACCCUCUGGGCUUUCAUAAUGUGUGUUUUUACUCUGAGAAUUAGAACCUAACAACACAAAGCAAUGGGGAUGGUAGGGAGUUGGAAUGAAGUGACUGAGUUGAUUUGGGAAUGCUUCGAUCAUGCUACCAUGGCUCCUAUAAGUCUUAUUAUUUUGUGCGCAACAAUGCUAAUGCUAAUAUGUGAGAAAGUAAACUCCCAGGUUCCAUAGAUUACUUCCUGUUUAUCAAUAAAAUUUGGUGCAUUUGUGAUUUAGGAUAAAUAGAAUUUUAAGGAUGGGGUAACUAUGUAAUAUGGGUAAACUAAUCAGUUUAAAAAAUAUUUGAUUGACUCUGUGAUGACGCUAGAAUGAAGACAUAGGUGAUGUAUUCGACAAUCCACUUGUCAAACUAAAGAGUUUUCUAAACGGUCGAAGGAAUGAAGAUAAAUACUUCCUUGAUGCCACUGUGUCUUUUCUAACACUUGAAGCUACAGUAUCUUCUGUACUUUUUCAGUCAACUCUAUUUUUUUUAAUUUUUUUUUUACAUCCGCACACGAGGAACUAAAAGAUUUUAUCUGUUUUAUCAGCUGCUGUAAAAAAAAAAAAGUAAAAGAAUGUCAAUGAUCUCUUAUCCAUGUCUGAAAAUAAACAGAACUAUAUUACUACAAUGUCCCAUC